AUGACAUCCAGGCAGUGUUUGGUGAAUUCAAAUACUGUAAAGGAGGUUGAUUUGAGCGAAAAACCAUCGUUUUGGAAGGCACUGAAACCUCCAGCGAAGGAUAAAUGCGGUGAGCUGUUAACUUCUCUCUGCUACCAUCCUAGUAACAGUAUCUUGACGUUAACUUUGCUCAAAGCGCGUAACCUCAAAGCCAAAGAUAUCAACGGAAAAUCAGAUCCGUACGUGAAAGUGUGGCUUCAGUUUGGCGAUAAGCGUAUUGAAAAGCGAAAAACAGCGAUAUUUAAGUGUACUCUUAAUCCUGUUUUUAAUGAUACGUUUUCGUUCAAUGUACCAUGGGAGAAGAUUAGAGAAUGUUCUUUGGACGUAAUGGUUAUGGACUUCGAUAAUAUUGGCAGAAAUGAGCUGAUAGGAAGAAUUUUGUUAGCAGGUAAAAAUGGAUCCGGAGCAUCAGAGACUAAACACUGGCAAGACAUGAUUACUAAACCCAGGCAGACUAUAGUACAAUGGCAUAGACUUAAACCAGAAUAA